AUGUUACCAGAUGCAACAGUAGAAUUUCACACAUUUACCGAUGCUUCUGAGGCCGCCUACGGAGCAUGUGUCUACGCUCGUUGUGAAAACGCGGCGGGAGAAGUCCGCAUCAGCCUAUUAGCUUCGAAGUCUCGAGUGGCACCACUGAAGCGCGUCACGUUGCCGAGGCUUGAACUAAGCGCAGCUGUCCUGGGCGCCCAUCUGCAUCAUCGCGUCAAGGAGGCAAUGCAGAUCGUGUGCGCCGAAUCGUUUUUCUGGUCCGACUCAACAGUUACGCUAAAAUGGAUUGCGUCACCUCCCAACUCCUGGAAGACGUUCGUGGCAAAUCGCGUAGCUGAGGUGCAACACUACUCUCAUCCAAGGCAAUGGAGGCACGUUCCUGGCACAUCCAAUCCUGCUGACUUGGUUUCCCGAGGCAUGUCGGCAGCACACUUCACGCAGAAUCAGCUUUGGAAUAACGGUCCAGAUUGGCUUGUGCAACCUUCGUCCCAUUGGCCCAGCUCAGAUCCAGAACCAAGCGAUGAGGCGGACCUAGAAACACGCCAGGUGAGUGCCGCUUUAGUUUGUACACAAACUCAUCCAUGGUUUGGCAUUUCUGCAUCCUUCACUAGAAUGGUACGCAUCAUUGCAUACUGCAUACGGUUUGUGCGCAACACCAAGCAGAAGGCGCGAUCACAGCGACCGAUACCGCACACCAAUGCAUCCAAAACGAUCACGCCCAAGUACGUGGAUGCUGCAAAAACUGUGCUUUGCAGACUAGCCCAGCAAGAUGCAUUUUCCGCGGAAAUCAAGCAGCUAAAAAAGGGAGAAGCAUUGAUGAAACAAUCACCUUUACGAAAACUUACCUCAUUCCUGGAUACAGAAGAGGUAAUACGGGUGGGAGGACGAUUGAACUUGUCGCAACUACCGUAUCAGUCCAAGCAUCCAGCUGUUCUACCGACGAACCACAAAUUCACUCGUCUACUUGCGGAAGAUUAUCAUGAAGAGAUGAAACAUGCUAGUGGAAGGCUAUUGCUAUCCCGCAUUAGAGAGCUGUAUUGGCCACUGGACGGACGUCGCUUGGUAAAAAGCAUCGCAAGGAACUGCUUCCGCUGUAUUCGGCAAGAUCCCAUACUCGCCCGGCAGCCGGUUGGCCAGCUUCCACCAUCCCGCAUCACACCGAGCCGACCUUUUUCUGUAACCGGAGUGGAUUACGCCGGUCCAUUCUACUUGAAGCCAGCGCACCGGAAGGCAGCAGCUAUUAAGAGCUAUCUGUGCGUUUUCGUGUGUUUCGCUACGAAAGCUGUGCACUUGGAACUCGUAGGAGACCUCACAACGGCGGGAUUCUUAGCAGCGCUACGCCGAUUCACAUCACGACGCGGAUUGCCAGCCCACAUCCAUUCUGAUAAUGGGAAAAACUUCGAAGGCGCAGAACGUGAACUGAAGGAGUUUUUGAGCUGUUCAACGACGAACAACACCGCAACACCGUGGCUACCAGAUGCGCUGACCGGGGAAUCACUUGGCAUUUCAACCCACCAAAGGCUCCACACUUCGGCGGAUUAUGGGAAGCAGCAGUAA